AACAUCACCUGAGAGAAGCUCCUCCGCGGUGCGCGCGAGGCGAGAAGAUUAUAAAAGUCCAAGCGGGGGACGGAGAGGCGGACAUUACUCCCAGCUUUGCCAGGAAACAACUUCAACUUCCCUUUUGCCUUUCUCGCUCCUUCCAGGUGAGCUCGGGGUUGCUUUGUUUCGACCCAGCACGAAGAAAGGGGGAAGGAAAAAAAAAAGUCAUGGAUCGAGGAAGAGAAUUAAGAACAAGCUAGCGCCUUUGGUGGGGGAGUGCGAGCCGGGGAGAAGCCGCGGUGUUCGGACACAGGAUGGGGAUGGAUGUCAGCACUCUCCGGACCCUCAUCAGCAGAUAUUGCGUGGGUGAGGAGAACUGGGUGGACAGCAGGACAAUCUACAUCGGGCACAAGGAGCCUCCUCCAGGAGCUGAAGCCUUCAUACAGCAAAGAUUCCCAGACAACCGAAUAGUGUCCUCCAAGUACACAUUUUGGAACUUCAUCCCCAAGAAUAUGUUUGAACAGUUCAGGAGGGUCGCCAACUUCUACUUUCUCAUCAUAUUUCUUGUUCAGUUGAUCAUCGACACGCCCACCAGCCCGGUCACUAGUGGACUUCCGCUCUUCUUUGUCAUCACAGUUACAGCAAUCAAACAGGGUUACGAGGACUGGCUGAGACAUAAAGCGGACAACGCUGUCAACAAGUGUCCCGUCCACGUGGUGCAACAUGGCAAAGUGAUCCGCAAACAGAGUCGCAAGCUGCGGGUGGGAGACGUUGUCUUUGUAAAGGAAGAUGAAUCAUUUCCCUGCGAUCUGGUCCUGCUCGCCACAUCCCGGGCUGAUGGGACCUGCUACGUCACCACAGCUAGCUUGGAUGGGGAGAGCAGCCACAAGACAUACUAUGCAGUCCAGGACACCAAAGCUUACAAUACCGAAAAGGAGGUGGACUUGAUCCACGCCACCAUAGAAUGUGAACAGCCACAGCCAGACCUCUACAAAUUUGUGGGCCGCAUCAACGUCUACAUGGACAACGAGCCAGUGGCAAGGCCAUUGGGAUCAGAGAACCUCCUUCUCAGAGGAGCCACACUGAAGAACACACAGUACAUUUACGCGGUUGCCAUCUACACUGGGAUGGAAACAAAGAUGGCUCUCAACUACCAGUGCAAGUCUCAGAAGCGCUCUGCAGUCGAAAAGUCAAUGAACUCCUACUUGGUGGUCUACCUGUGCAUUCUCAUCAGCAAGGCUAUCGUCAACACUGUCCUCAAAUAUGCAUGGCAGGCUGACCCCAGCAGAGAUGAGCCCUGGUACAACGACAGGACUGAGCCAGAGAGGCAGAGACACAUAGUGAUUAGGGCCUUCACAGACUUCCUGGCCUUCAUGGUUCUAUUCAACUACAUUAUCCCUGUUUCCAUGUACGUCACAGUGGAGAUGCAGAAGUUCCUUGGCUCCUAUUUCAUGAUGUGGGACGAUGAGAUGUUUGACGAGGAACUCGGAGAGAGAGCAGUGGUCAACACGUCAGACCUGAACGAAGAACUGGGCCAGGUGGAGUACGUGUUUACUGAUAAGACAGGAACGCUGACAGAGAACAACAUGGAGUUCAUUGAGUGUUGUGUCGACGGACACAUUUACGUAGCUCAAGCAAUCUGUAAUGGACAGGUGAUGCCUGGUUCAGCUAGUAUGGACAUGAUUGACACAUCACCAGGCCCUGGGGCGAGGGAGCACGAGGAGCUGUUCUUCCGGGCGCUGUGUUUAUGCCACACCGUGCAGGUAAAAGAGGAGGAGACGGUAGACAGCAUCAAGCAGGGCAUCCACCAGGGCAAGUCCACUACCUUUUACAUCUCGUCCUCGCCAGACGAGGUGGCGCUGGUGGAGGGCAUGAAGAGGCUUGGCUUCACAUAUUUGAGACUCAAGGACAGUCACAUGGAGAUAUUGAACAGAGAGGAUGAAAUCGAGAGGUUUGAGCUUCUCCAAGUCCUGACUUUUGACUCCAACAGGCGGAGAAUGAGCGUCAUUGUCCGGGCCAGCACUGGUGAGCUCUACCUUUUCUGCAAAGGAGCAGACUCGUCCAUCUUCCCAAGAGUCAUCUCGGGCAAGGUGGAUCAGGUCAGAGCUCGGGUGGAGCACAAUGCAGUGGAGGGCCUGCGGACGCUGUGUGUUGCCUACCGGCCUCUCAGUCUGGUGCAGUAUCAGGAGGUUUGCCUCCUGUUAAACGGGGCCAAGUUGGCACUACAAGACCGAGACAAACGACUGGCAGAGGCUUACGACCUGAUUGAGAAAGAUCUCAUCCUGCUGGGAGCCACUGCUGUGGAGGACAGACUGCAAGAAAAAGCGGCAGACACCAUCGAGUCUCUGCACAAGGCAGGUAUGAAGGUGUGGGUGCUGACCGGCGACAAGAUGGAGACGGCUGCCGCCACCUGCUACGCCAGCAAGUUGUUCCACCGCAACACGCAGAUCCUGGAGUUGACCACCAAGCGCACAGAGGAGCAGAGCCUUCAUGAUGUCCUGUUUGACCUGAGCAGAACUGUGCUCAGGCAUCACGGUGGCUGGGGCAGGGACAUCUCUGGUUUAUCAGGUGACUACACCGACUACGGUCUCAUCAUCGACGGAGCCACCCUCUCGGCAGUAAUGAAGCCCGGCCAGGAGGACUCCAACUCAGGGAACUACAAAGAGAUUUUCCUGGAAAUCUGCCGCAAUUGCAGCGCGGUACUCUGCUGUCGAAUGGCACCUCUUCAGAAAGCUCAGAUUGUCAAGUUGAUCAAAACAUCGAAGGAGCAUCCGAUCACACUUGCCGUGGGAGACGGGGCCAACGAUGUCAGCAUGAUCCUCGAGGCACACGUCGGCGUCGGUAUCAUGGGUAAGGAGGGCCGUCAGGCAGUGAGGAACAGUGACUACGCUGUUCCAAAAUUCAAACACCUCAAGAAGAUGCUGCUUGUCCAUGGACAUUAUUACUACAUACGCAUCUCUGAGCUUGUACAGUACUUCUUUUACAAGAAUGUCUGCUUCAUCUUUCCCCAGUUCCUCUACCAGUUUUUCUGUGGUUUUUCACAGCAGCCGCUGUAUGAUACAGCCUUCUUGACUCUGUACAACAUCAGCUUCACUUCACUGCCCAUUCUGCUCUACAGUCUCGUCGAGCAGCACAUCAACAUGGACAUCCUGAAGAAGGACCCGGCUUUGUACAGAGACAUUGCCAAGAACUCGUUACUGCGCUGGCCCAGCUUUAUAUAUUGGACUGUCUUGGGCGUAUAUGACGCCAUUGUGAUGUUCUUCGGUGCUUACUUCCUGUUUGACAACACCACCUUCACCAGCAACGGACAGCUAAUGACAACCAACACACAGAUGAUGUUUGGAAACUGGACCUUCGGGACGCUGGUGUUUACCGUGCUGGUCUUCACGGUCACUUUCAAGCUGGCCCUGGAUACUCAUUACUGGACCUGGAUCAACCACUUUGUCAUAUGGGGCUCGCUCAUCUUCUUUGUUGUCUUCUCUCUGCUGUGGGGUGGAAUCAUCUGGCCCUUUCUCAACUACCAGAGGAUGUACUAUGUCUUCAUGCAGAUGUUGUCCAGCGGCCCGGCCUGGCUCAGCAUAGUUCUGCUGAUUACGGCCGGUCUGCUACCAGACGUGCUGAAGAAGGUCAUUUGGAGGGCUAUGUGGCCCACUACAACUGAACGUAUACAGAAUGCAGAUAAACUCUACAAGGGUCAGCUUUCCGAGUUCACCCCCCUGGACCGCCGUCGGAGCUCCAGCACCAACAGGAGCAGGCCUAACCCUACAAGGACUAACUGGUCAUGCCUGCGCGCAAACACAUUGUCCCGAAACACUUCAUAGGCAUCACUGCAAGCGUAUCUUUCUCUCUCUCUUAACCCCUCACACUGUCCUCCCGCCUUUCUUUCUGCGGCGAUGGCGGCGCCGAUGUGGUCCAGCCCACCUUCGCUUUGUCAGAUCAUCGCCUUCACGUGUCAUGGAUAGAUUAGAAGCUACUAGUGGUGGGUCAAACGAUACCGAGUGAAAGCUUACGCAACACAAGGAGCGAUACUGUGAUGCGCUCGAUGUGUGUGUCACUUUCAGGGGGGAAAAACGUGACCGAUACAGCUGAUGUGUCAUUGAACUGUGAAACACCAAACUGGUGUUUAUCAGUAAAAAAAAACAAUAAUAAAUAAAUAAAUUAAAUGGAAUUAAAAAGAAGGAAAAAUUCCGAAGUCUGGAAUGCCAAAUGAGGUUAUUCUUUAGUUGUUUAGUAUUAUUGUGCAUUUCAUUUUCCUUUGUCCAACUAUUACCGUAUUUUCCGGACUAUAAGCCGCUGCUUUU